CUCUCUAUCUUUUGUAUUAACCAACAACCACAGAGUUACAACUACAGAGUGCUUCAAACUCCAUCAAUGGCUGCCAACAAGUUUGCCACCAUGUUACACAGAAACACCAACAAACUCACUCUGAUUCUCAUCUACGCAGUCCUCGAAUGGGUUCUGAUUCUCCUCCUCCUCCUCAACUCCCUCUUCUCUUAUCUGAUCGUCAAGUUCGCCGACUACUUUGGCCUCAAACGACCCUGCCUGUGGUGUUCUAGGCUCGAUCACAUCUUCGAGCCCGGAAACAACAGCCAAAAAUCUUACAGAGAUCUUGUGUGUGAAGAACACGCCAAUGAAAUAGCCAAACUUGGGUUCUGCUCCAAUCACCAGAAACUGGCGGAGUCUCAAGACAUGUGUGAGGAUUGCUCAUCGCAGCAGGAUUGUGAUCAAGAAUGGUCUAACAAGUAUGCUUUCUUUCCUUGGAUGAAGCAAAUUGGGAUGGUUCAAGGCGGCGAUGAUGAUAAAGAGAAUUUUGAUAAGGAGUGUUCUUGCUGUGGAGUGAGCUUGAGCAGCAAGGUGUACCCUCCUUGUAUUCUUCUCAAGCCUUCUUGGGGAGUUUUGGACUACUCUCAAAAACCGAUUUUUAAUUCCGAUGAAAGGGUUGAUGCUCAGACUGAGGAAGGUGGUCAGUCGGAUGAAACUGGAUCGGAUCAAAAUGGACAUGAUGACGGUGGUGUUGUUGGAGGAAACAAGGGUAAGAAUUCGGUUUCGGAUGUUGAUGGAUGUUGUGGACAAAGAGAUUAUGACGGUCAGGAGACAAAUAAUUCAGCUUGUUGUUCUGUUUGUGAUUAUGUCUGCAAGGAAACUGAAACUGAAGACAAGGCUAGUUUGAAUGUGUCCAUGGAUGGUGAUGUUCGAGUUGAGAUUCAGGCCAGUUGUGAUGAGAACAAGUCAUGUGGGAGUCCGCAUCAGCAUCUGGAGUUCUACAUUGAUCAAGAUGAUUGUCGAUUGGUGCCGGUUGAAUUGGUGGAUUCUCCUGCCACCAUUGAGAGGCAAAGUCACCAGAAUUAUAAGGUGGAGGAAGACCAAGCAAAUAGUGAUACUCAAGAUGUUAUUCUGGAUUUCGACAUGCAUUUUGAGACACAAGCCAAACCGGUUGUUGAGUGUUGGCACAGUUCAGAUGAGAUUGAGAUUGUGGAAUUGCUUUCAUCCCAUGAGAGUAAAGAGGAGAGUAAAGUUUCAGUUCUUGACUCAAAGGAUAUGGGUGAGAAUGGAGAAGAAAAAGAAAUUGAGCAGAAUGAAGAUGCUACUAGUACUGAAGCAACACCGGCCUCUUGUCAUGAGGAUAGCAGUCAAUCAAAUGCUGAUAUAGUAGGAAGAAAAAUUGAUUCAGAUGUUCAUCAAGCCUCUUGCCAUGAGGAUAGCAGUCAAUCAAAUGCUGAUAUAGUAGGAAGAGAAAUUGAUUCAGAUGUUCAUCAAGCCUCUUGUCAUGAGGAUAGCAGUCAAUCAAAUGCUGAUAUAGUAGGAAGAGAAAUUGAUUCAGAUGUUCAUCAAGCAACAACCGAGGAUGAUGAUAUCCAUACGCUGAACAACGAGAUUGAUGCAGAGGUCUCAAUUGGGACAGAUAUUCCUGAUCAUGAUAUAUUCAAUGAGGAUAUUCAGUCAGCUCAUGAACUUCAGAAUUCCUAUCCCGAUGUGCAAGAAGAUCCUUCUACAAGUUCUCCGACUACUCCCAAUGCUGAUAAUGAUGAUAAUCAUGGUUCUAAGAAAGAAGAUGAAGAUUUUUUAGAAUUCAAGACUUUAUCAAUUGAAACAAGUGAGAAAGCUCCAAAUGGUUAUUUCUCAUUAGGUUCAGAACUUAAUGCGAUUGAGGAAGAGAAGGUUUUUCCUGAUACCCCAACUUCUAUAGACAAUUUCCAUCAGUUGUAUAAUAGAAUGCUACAUACCGAGAGAAGGGAUUCAGGAACAGAAGCAUCAUUGGAUGGAAGUGUAAUGAGCGAUAUUGAAUGUGGUGAUGGAGUCCUAACUAUGGAGAAGCUGAAAUCGGUGUUGAGAGCUGAACGGGAAUCUUUAAAUAGAGUAUAUGCAGAACUUGAAGAAGAGAGGAGUGCUUCUGCAAUAGCAGCCAACCAGACAAUGGCAAUGAUAAAUAGGCUACAAGAAGAAAAGGCUGCAAUGCAGAUGGAAGCUUUGCAGUACCAAAGAAUGAUGGACGAGCAGUCUGAAUACGACCAGGAAGCAAUGCAGCUCUUAAAUGAGCUCAUGGUAAAGAGGGAAAAGGAAAAGCAAGAACUUGAAAAGGAGCUGGAAAUAUGUCGAAAGAAGGUUCAAGAUUACGAGGCCAAAGAGAAAAUGAUGAUUUUGAGGAGAAUGAAAGAGGGCUGCAUAAGAAGUAGGACUUCAUCUGGUCCUUGUAGCAAUGCUGAGGAUAGUGAUGGACUGUCGAUUGAUUUGAAUCAUGAAGUGAAGGAAGAAGAUAACUUAUCGGGACAUGAAGAAAGUAGCAAUCAAAACACACCGAGGGAUGCAGUCCUAUAUUUAGAAGAAUCUUUGACUAGCUUUGAGGAAGAGAAGUUAUCUAUUCUGGACCAACUCAAAGAAUUGGAAGAGAAGCUUUUGACCUUGAAUGAUGAAGAGGAAGAAGAACAUUACGAGGAUAUAAAACCAAUCGAUCAUUUCUUUUCGGAGAAUGGAAAUGGCUACCAUGAGAAUGGUGAUGUUAGCAGUGAAGAAAAUGGCAUUGCAAAUGGCCACUACAAAGAAAUGAAUGGAACACAUCAUCCAGAUAGAAAAAUUAUGGGAUCAAUCAAGGCAAAGAGACUUCUUCCACUCUUCAAUGAAGCUGAAGAUGAAGAUGAGGAGUUGAAUGGAGAUGCAGAAGGUUAUGAUUCUGUUGCAUCACAAGAGCACAAGAAACUCGCUAUUGAAGAGGAGGUUGAUCAUGUCUACGAGAGGCUACAAGCACUUGAAGCAGAUAGAGAGUUUCUAAAGCAUUGCAUUAGCUCCUUAAGGAAAGGUGACAAGGGCUUAGAUCUUCUACAAGAAAUUUUGCAACAUCUUCGUGAUCUGAGAAGCGUGGAAACCCGUUUAAGGAAUUCGGGAGAGGGUAUCUUAUGACGACUUCAUUGACAGAUUGCUCGUUUCGGGUUUAAAAGACUGCAAAUAUAGAUACUUGGUAUAAAAGUCAUAAAUGGAAUUCAGCAGUUCAACAAUUUCAAAUGGGGAUUCCCUGGAUGGAGAGGGAAGCUCAUAGCAAUAGUCUGUCUGGUGAAACAUGCAUGGUAGACUACAACAAGUUCAAGCCUGCCAUUUUUUUUACUAGUUUUUGUGUCUAAGUAAACCCAAUUUUUUGUGGGUUGCACCCAUCAAACACCUUUUAGAAGGUAAAAGGGAGAUGAUGAGUGUAUGUGAGGAGCUAGUGAGGUGAAGCCACUCUGUCAGGUAAGUUUUUUAUGGUGUGUGAGAGAAAAGGCCUGGUUUGCAAAGCUGGUAUGAUCCAACAAAGAUUCCAGUGCCAGGUACAUAGCAUUAGAUUAUUAGAGAGAUGAGGUAGACAGUUAGUGCAGGACUGCAGGCACUCCUUUUUGUCAUCUAUUUAAAUUUUGUUGGUGGGAAAGAAGGUUGGGGGAUAACUAAUCCCCUUUCCUUUUCUUUCUUCUGGUCUUUGCAUCAUUUCAUCAGUCUGGGGUUUGUUUAUUAUUUGAGGGCAGCAGCAGCACGGUUGAGAAACUUGUAUACUACUUGUAAUCCAUUCUGUAAGUACAUAUAAAGUGAGUGUUUGUUUAUACUGGCCCUGUCUUGGACUUGACCUUAUGUAUGUUUGUAUGUAUGAAAGUUCUAUAAAAUACAAGAAUGAGGGAUCUGAAAAUCGUUUU